AUGCAUUUCAUCUUCUCAGAUAAGGUGGUGCUGCUCUUUGAUUUCUGGAGUGUCCACACUCCUGCAGGCAUGGCUCUUUCGGUGGUGGUGGUCCUGCUCCUGGCUGUGCUAUAUGAAAGCAUCAAGUUUGGCAAAGUGAAGCUGCUCCACCAGGCUCUGAAGAACAUGUCCAUCUCCACCAGCGAGCAGCAUGAGGAGAUGAACGGGGAUUCUUCAAGCUCAGAGUCAUCAUUGAGCAGACCCCCAGUCAGCAGACCCCCUCUCAGGUGGUUUUUGUGUCAUUUUGGCCACUCUCUAAUCCAUGUCGCUCAGGUGAUCAUUGGCUACUUCAUAAUGCUGGCUGUCAUGUCCUACAACACCUGGAUUUUCCUUGGCGUGGUCCUGGGCUCGGCGGUGGGCUACUACCUAGCCUACCCAUUGCUCAGCAUAGUUUAGCUGGCGAGGGCUGUGCAGGCACUGGGGGCUGGAGAGAUCUGAGGUGCCCCCUUCCAGACAUUGUACUUCUGGGCUCAAGCUUUCUUUUUCUUCUGCUGGGUGCUCCUGGCCUCACUCCCCGCUCCUAGAAACUUUCAGCUGAAGCCAACACUUGCUCCCUGGAGUUCAGAGGCCACUGCAGCUACCUCUCUUCAGACAGGCAGCCCGGGCCUGGUCUUGUUGUGCCUUAGAAGGCUGCUGUGGUCAGUGGGAUAAUGGAGGGAACAGAAGCUGGGGGCAGGGCUGCCGAGCCCAUGAUGACUUAUCUGUAACUCAGAACUUACGACUUUCCAAAGAUCUUCAAGAUGGGAGAUGGGUUCUGGGUGAAGGACACGGACCCUGGAUACCCUUUGCUCCCCUGACUUGUGCCUUAUCUAGAGAAGCAUCUUCCAUUGGACUUCUGACCUCUUCUGACUUCGGGGGACAGAGACCAAGCUGGCUUUUUCUCACCUUUCUGCCUUUGGAACCUGUGAAGAUUGUCUCUUCUAUGGGUCAUGCUGAUAGAGUAAGAUUUUUCAUUUUCCCACUGAACUCGUGGUUGGCAAUUUUGCACAAUACGAAACAACUUUUAAUGAAAUGACUUCAUUUUAUUCAUGAUGGAUGGCAGCAUCUGCUGGGGCCCUUUGCCCUUUCUUGAGGGGAGAGCAAGUGACAGUGGAUUAAAGGCAAAGAGGCAGGACUGUUGUCAAGGCACCUGUGGAUAGAGCGAGCUCCUCCCAUCGGUCGGCACUGCUUGCAGGACGAAGUGUCUAAUGGCUUUAGGUGCCUGGGAGCUCUUUGGGGCCUUAAUGCCCACUUUUAUCCUGAUCCUUCUUUGAUGCAGAAAACUGUGGAACAAUACUUAAUGUUUUUAAUUUGUUACUUACUGCUCACCCAUAACAAACAGGAUUCAUUCACUUAAAAUCCCAAGUAAGCCAAGGGGGGUGGUAUUGGCUGAAGAGGCAAUAAGCAGUCGAGCCAAAGCGUUACAUUUGUAGAGCGAGAUAGGGCUCUCCAGAUGUGUGAACCUCUGCACUUUACAGAAAAGGAAACAAGACCCAGGAAGAGAAGCCACUGCUGUGUACUGAAAUGUCUAUGCUCAGGUACCUCGUGGGCUACAUGAAAGAUGGUCUUAAGCUUUGCGAAUUAAAAAAAGAAAUACAUUUUAAUAAAUAUUUAUUUUUCAA